ACCAAAUUUUCGAAAAACGCCAUCUCUUCACUUUUUUCCUCUUUUCCCUCUUUUUUAAAACCUAAUUUCAACAGUUUCAAUUCCCAUUCUUUCCCCCUUUCUCUCAAUCUCUCUCUUUGUUUGUUCUUCGUUCGUUCGUUUGUUUGUUUGUUUGUUUAUUUGUUUUUGGAUCCUUUUUUUUUCUUCUGGGGUUCUUCUAUUAACGCCUUUAGCAGCUGGAGGAGAGAGAAAUUUGUGUUUCUCUCUCUUCUGCUGGAUAUCCCUUUGGCCUUUUCUUCAUUUUUCGUGUUCGUCCAUUUCUGAAGAACCUGUGUUUUGUACGGGAUUUGUUCGUUGAGGGCGUGGUUUUGUGUUUUAUGAGCGAUUUGGAGUUUCAAUCUUUCUGUUCGGUGUGAGAGGACUUUGCAAUAUCAAUAAUCGCUAUGAAUAUGAUGCGUCGGCUUAAGAGCAUUGCUUCUGGAAGGACUUCGAUUUCUUCUGACCCUGGUGGAGAUCUUGGAACUAAGCGAGCUAAAGUUGAUCAAGAAACUGAACAAAAGAUCGAUGGGGUUUCGGACGAUGUCGGAAGAGUUGCCACUGGUUUAGAGUCGAAUUUGGCUUCAACUUCUUUGGAUAAUGCUGCAAGCACAUCAAACAUUUCAUCAACAGCUGGUGUAGAGAAAUCUAACAAUUCUUCAAAAGCUAGAGCAGAGAAAUCUGGUGUUGAUAAUCUUCCAAGAGAAAUGCGUGAAAUGAGAAUUAUAGAUGAGAAAUCCAACCAUGAUGAAAAGGAUUUGGAACCUUCUAUCGUGAAUGGCAAUGGAACCGAAGCUGGUCAGGUAAUCGCUACAAUUGUAGGUGGUCGAAAUGGAAGACCAAAGCAGACAAUCUCCUAUAUGGCAGAGCGAGUGGUCGGUACAGGUUCUUUUGGUGUUGUCUUUCAGGCCAAGUGUUUGGAAACAAAUGAAGCUGUUGCAAUCAAGAAGGUGCUGCAAGAUAAGAGAUAUAAGAACAGGGAGCUCCAGAUUAUGCGCAUACUUGAACAUCCUAACGUAGUUCAACUAAAGCAUUGUUUCUUUUCCACUACUGACAAAGAGGAGCUGUACCUCAACCUUGUCCUGGAGUAUAUAUCUGAAACUGUUUACAAGGUUUCUAAGCAUUAUAGCAGGAUGCACAGGAGUAUGCCCAUUAUUUAUGUUCAGCUUUAUACGUAUCAGAUUUGCCGGGCACUAAAUUACUUGCAUCAUGUUGUAGGGGUAUGUCACCGUGAUAUUAAGCCACAGAAUCUAUUGGUUAAUCCUCAUACUCAUCAACUAAAGAUAUGUGAUUUUGGGAGUGCAAAGAUGUUGAUGCCCGGGGAGCCUAACAUAUCGUAUAUUUGUUCACGGUAUUAUAGGGCCCCAGAACUCAUAUUUGGGGCAACAGAGUAUACAAAUGCCAUAGAUAUGUGGUCCGUAGGUUGUGUGAUGGCUGAGCUUCUUUUAGGACAGCCUCUUUUUCCUGGUGAAAGUGGUGUCGAUCAAUUGGUGGAGAUCAUCAAGAUUUUGGGAACCCCAACCAGAGAGGAAAUCAAGUGCAUGAACCCGAACUAUACAGAAUUCAAAUUUCCUCAGAUUAAAGCACACCCGUGGCAUAAGAUAUUUCACAUGAGAAUGCCUGCUGAAGCCAUCGACCUUGUGUCGAGAUUGCUCCAGUAUUCGCCCAACCUACGUUUCACCGCGUUGGAGGCUUGUGCACACCCGUUCUUCGACGAUUUAAGAGAUCCGAAUGCCUGUUUACCUAACGGUCACUCGCUACCGCCAUUGUUCAAUUUCACAGCACAAGAACUUGCUGGUGCAUCAGCUGAAUUGCGCCAUCGCCUCAUACCCGAACACAUGAGAAAUUAAAUUAACACGAAUAUGGGGAUAUUGUUGAUCUUUGGCCAAAACCAACCCCAGAAGAUCAUCCAUCCGUAGUAGAUAUAUCUCCACUGUCAUCAACAACCUGCUCGUAACACGGAGAGAAGCGAAGGGUACCCGCACCGGGCAAAGGGAGGCAGCCGUGUGCUGGCUAACAAGGCUGGCCUUAAGUACUAAUGUCAAUACUCAGCUUCAUGGCAGGUGUUAUUCUUGACAGUGUAUGAGUAUCAUCUACAUUCGGAUGAAUAGUGCUUCUUGGAUGUAUGUAUACUAUUCAUUACGAGUUUUGCUUUAGCAGAGAAACAGACAAACCCCCAUUCAAUUUCUUGCUUAUGUGCCAAUUUAUUAUCA